GUCUCCGAGAGCCACCGCCCCGCGACCCGCCCUCCCCGCCGCCAACAAAACCCCGAGCGGCCGCCGGCCACAGCCCCGCUCCCGACACCGGCACCGGCGCGGACAGCGGAGCGACACCGGCCCGGCCGCAGGAUGCCAAACUGGGGAGGAGGAAAGAAGUGUGGGGUCUGCCAGAAGGCCGUGUACUUUGCUGAGGAGGUGCAAUGUGAAGGCAACAGCUUCCACAAGUCCUGCUUCUUGUGCAUGGUCUGUAAGAAGAACUUGGACAGCACCACUGUUGCUGUGCACGGAGAGGAGAUCUACUGCAAGUCCUGCUAUGGGAAGAAGUAUGGCCCCAAGGGCUAUGGAUACGGGAUGGGAGCAGGGACCCUGAGCACUGACAAGGGCGAGUCUCUGGGAAUCAAAUAUGAAGAGGGCCAGCCCCACCGACCCCCCAACCCCAACGCAGCCAGGAUGGCCCAGAAGGUGGGAGGAUCUGAUGGGUGCCCUCGCUGUGGCCAAGCUGUGUAUGCAGCUGAGAAAGUGAUUGGAGCUGGGAAGUCCUGGCACAAGUCCUGCUUCCGCUGUGCCAAAUGCGGCAAAAGCCUGGAGUCCACCACCCUGGCAGACAAAGAUGGGGAGAUCUAUUGUAAAGGUUGUUACGCCAAGAACUUCGGUCCCAAGGGCUUUGGCUUUGGGCAGGGCGCCGGGGCACUCGUCCACUCGCAGUGAGGCACCAGGAGCCGGGCUCUGUGCUCGCCCAGGGCUUGUCCAAACCAGUCUGUGCUGCCCGACCCUUCCCACGCCCGCCGUGAGCAUCCUCGCCGUCAUCCAGAGCCACCCGCUGCUUCCCCCUGCCCGCCCUGCCCCAGCACUCCCUGGAGCCAGGGCAGUCCCAGCGCUGCCCCCGCCGGGUCCUGCUGGGGCGGGGGCUGGCUCGGGGGCUGCUCACCCCCACCUCAGCGAGGCCCUCGUGCCCGGAACGUUCUGCUCCGUGUGCCCCAUCCCGGGACGGGUGCUCGUCCUGCCGGGAUGAGCGCUCAGCUGCACUGUGCCGCGUCACCAAGCAAGCAAUAAACAUCCAGAACAUCAAAGCUGA